AUGUCCCCAUGUCCGUUACCAAGGCCUAAGCGACGGUCAACCACACCUCUAAGAAUGAGACUUGGCCGAGUAAGCGCCGUUGAUGGGUUGAAUGGAAGAGAUUGCAAGUGCUAUUUCGUGCAGGGUGGCCAGUGGGCCACUGCGAUUGUAAGGAUCGCCGGUUCACCCGCUAGCCGAUGUGGUGGUCGUGACGGAGCCGCCGUACGAGCGGAACGAUGCCAGUGUCGCUACUGUCAACCUUCCAGCCAGGUUCAGCCUCCAGCCCGGGAGAGCCGCAAGGUCCUGCUCUCAUUCAUGAUUCACGCCCUGCAGGCCUAUCCCAAAACAUCUCCCGCUAUGAAGGUCGUAUCCAAGUCAUUAGCGACUCGGGAGAGGCUUUGUCUGCAUUAUUUGGGAGAGUGA